CAGUCAUCAUACACAUUUUCUUCUCUCUGUUUUUUCUUGAACCCCAGUUUGGGAAAAAGCUUCAAAUUUUAGUUAUGGAGUCAUUAACAGGGUCAUCAUUAAAAGGGGUUUGUUUGGAUAAGGUUUUAGAUAAACACAGAGGUUUAUCUUUGUGUUCUAAGGAUGUUUUUGGUCUUAAUAAAAAAUCAGAAAUUUGCUUUCUUGGAUUAUCAAGCUCCAAGAUUAUUCACAUCAACUCAUUUUCUGUUCAGCACAAAAUAAUUCAGCCUAUUUCUUGUACUUCUGACUCUCAGAUAGAUACUCAGAGUGAAGAAACAGAGACAACUGAUACAAAUCAACCCGAACUAGUUCGCGUAAAAUUCCAAUUGAAUAAGGAAUGCUCCUUUGGUCAGCAUUUCCACAUAGUAGGCGAUGAUCCAAUGCUUGGUUCAUGGGAUCCAUCAAAUGCAGUGCCACUUGAAUGGUCAGAAGGACAUGUCUGGAACGUCGAGUUGGAUAUGCCAAGUGGAAAAACUAUCAGCUACAAGUUCAUUAUGAAAGUAGAUGAUGAGAGUAUCGUGUGGCAAGAAGGCCCUGAUCGAAUUCUUCAAACAUGGGAAACGAAGAACACUAUAACUGUUACUGACGAUUGGGAUAAUGCUGAGCUGCAAACAAUUGUUGAAGAGGAACCUGGUGUUAGUGCAGAAACUUUAAUAGUUGAGAAUCUGGUUCCACCAACAGUUGUAAACGUAGAAGAUGAUGCAAAUGAGGAAAAAACUAAUGAUGUUUUAGCUAUAGUUGCCGAAAACAUUACUGAAGUAAAAGAGGAUGUGAACACUGAUCGAAAUGAGGACACAACAAUGGAAGCAAAAGCUAUUGGGAAAAAUGGAAUGGCAUUUCAUGAUCAAGUCUUAAGCUCAAAAAAAGAGUCCAUCUUAGUUGAGGACGAAAAAGUUCCUGUCUUGGUUCCUGGCUUAACCAAAGUUUUGACCUCAGAGGUUCACACGGACAAAGUUGUUGCUGAGAGCUCACUUGGAUCAUAUAGUGAGGGGUUAAAUGUGUUGUUGGAUGAAGUUCACAUGGACAAAAUUGUUGUUGUUGAGGAUUCAGUUGGAUCGAAAUCGGAGGAGUUCAAUGUGACAGAGUUGAGUUCAAACGAAGAGGUAGCGACCGACUUAACACAUCAUAUAGAAACACCAGAAAUGAUGAUGCUUAAUGUGCAGCAAGAUGUAACAAGAGGGGAUGAAGAUAUAGAAAAGUUUGAAUUAGUUGAAGGAGGAGGAGAAUGGUCCAAUGGAAAGCCCAUGGAAGAGAAUGUCUUUAAAAGUGAUAUACAAUGGGGUAAAAAAACUCUACAGAAGUUCUUUGCAGGUUUGGGUUUCUUUAAAGUAAAGCUUGAAGGUUGAAAACUGGCUCUUAGAGUAAAGAAUGUGUACAUAACCCAAUAAUGAGUGAUGGUCCUCUUUUUU